GGAAUCGUUAGUUCCCGCGCCAAGACGUGUUGCGACGUGCAUUGUCUGUCGAAGUGGGAAGCUUUAAAACCAGUUCAGCCCGUUGGCCACUGCGAGCAGUUUGCAUAGACGUCCGGUUCGAAAUACAGGCCGCGGUGUGAAUUAAGAGAGUUCAGUGGACCGACUGUAAAGCCAUGGUGCUAUUCCAGCAGCUGACGGAGGCGUCGCAGCUCCCGACGCCCGGCCGCAGCGACAUGCACAACCGUGAGGCCGUCAACCGAAGCCCCAUGUCGACGGCCACCAAUUGCGCUAGCAAGCUGCAAGCGCUCUUGGCCGGCCACAGAAAUGCACCGAGCGAGGAGCUGAGGGCUCUGUUAAGCACAUUUAGUCACACGCUCGAAGCAAGCAUCUCGGAGACUCUAAGCUCAAUGAGCAACAUGUUCUGCGCUGCUUACGUGCAGAACUUGCUUGAGCAGCAACGCAGAGCGGAUGCCAACCUUGCUCGCAGACAGCUUCAGAUGGGCGAGAUCAUGUUUUACAAGGCUCUGGAGAGCAUCGCCAUUGAACUGAAGCAGCAAAAGCCACACACCGACCUCUCGGUUUACCUCGGCAACAGUGCUAUCCAGACAUCGCUGUUUGCGUGCUGCCUAGAGAUUGUAAUGUUCUGCUACAACUCACAAAGAGAAUUUCCCUGGAUCUUGGAGGUGUUCCGGCUGAAGCCUUACACUUUCUACAAGAUUACUGAGCCUUUGAUCCGUGCUGAGAAAGGCUUGUGGCGAGAAGUCAUCAAGCACCUCAAUCAAAUUGAGGAGCAGAUCCUGGAGUCUCUCGCUUGGAAAGAUGAGUCUCCACUGUGGAAUGUGAUGAGCCGCUCCUAUCAGAUUGUGCCCCAGUGCAAAGAGGUGUUUCCUCUGUGGCGAAUUGAAACGUUUCAAGAAUCUGACAAGAAUGGCCACAAUGGAACUCUCUCUCCUGGGGCACACCUUUCGCCAAGCAGUUCAGGAAGUGACCAGAGGCACUUCAAUUUGAACGAAACUGGGAGCUCUGCUGGUAGCUGUCACAGUGAGAGUGCAGCAUGCGUUACUGCCAGCCCUGCACCAUCAUCGCCCGAGGCAACCAAAGAUAACAAACCUCCACGUUGCGACUCCCUGGCACUUUUUUUCCGAAAGGUCUACUACUUGGCGGGCAUGCGCUUCUUUGACAUGUGCGAGAGACUGGGCAUUCAGAAGGACAUCCAGCACAAGAUCUGGACCUGCUUUGAGCACUCCCUCGUGGCACACAUCGACCUGAUGAGGGACCGGCACCUCGAUCAACUUCUCUUGUGCGCGCUGUAUGUCGGUGCCAAGGUAACCAAAUUUGACACCAAUUUUGGGACCAUUCUAAACUGCUACAGGGAGCAGUCUCACAAGAAAAGCCACGUGUACCGCAGCGUUUACCUGGAACGGAAGGAAGGGCAUGAGGAACGGGGUGACAUCAUCAAGUUCUACAAUAAAGUUUACGUAAGCCAGAUGACUACCUUUGUCAAGAGCUUCUGUUCAGGUACAAAGAUGAAUGAGAUUGUUUGCCUGACCCCCCUGCCACGUAUAAUAUACAUGGGGAACUCGCCGAAACGCCAGGUUUCACCCAACAUGAAGGUCUUUGUGUCGCCGAUGAAGGCUGACCACUUUGUGACACCUGAGCGCCACACUUACCACUUCAACCAAAGCCCAGCCAAGGAUCUCCUGAGGAUCAAUGAAACAGUUAAGACACGUGCAGAUGGGGCGAGGAAGCGUAUCUUUCCCGAGGGUGAUGCCUUGGAGGACGGGCCACCCACCAAGAAGCCGGCGUUCUCUAAGAAAAUUGAGGCAUUUGUGAGGGAUCAGCAAAACGUCCAAAAUGGAGGUUGCAGCUCGGAAAUGUAGAUGGUUAGGGAGCAUGAGGGGCUAGCCUUCGAAUGUCUAACUUUAACAUUGUUGCUUCUGAGCCAGGGCUGAUGCGCAUACCCUUGUUACGGGCAUUGUGCUACAUGCCUUUUUUUUUUUUUCUGAUGUGCAGCCUUCGUCAAAAGUUUCGAGGAUCUGUUGUCGUGUCACAUACUGGUGCCUCCUGAAGAACAGUUAUUACUCAGAAACCUCGGAGAUUGAAAGCAAAAGUGCUACUCACACUCUUGAGAUUGCUGAAAGCAACAAACGUCAGGAAUUUGGCAACAAAUUCUGCCACUUACGCAGUGAUCUCGGAACCUUUGACAAGGACUGUACAAAGAGCACUACAACACGUGCAUGGCAGGACCAGUGUGUGGAUGACCCUGCUGGACGUAGGGAUGUUUUUGUUGGCUCUGUAAUGAGGACAUGGUGAACAUUCGUGUGGCACGCAGAAACCUUUGAGCUAUAUUUUUAUUUUUUGAAUGAGGAUCUUUGAUGUACAAGGUAAGCCAAGUGUCGAGUGUGCAUUUGUAAGUUUGGAGUCAGUUGUACUGUCCGGUGUCUUUUUUGUUUGCUGUCUGAUUUUUAUUUUACUUCAGAUUGAGGAUCUGAUAAGUAUUAAUCUCACUUGCGUGGUGUAGGGUACACAGCUGUCUAUUAAAGGGAACACCUAAUUGGUAUUCAAAUCCAUAUACUGGAACAUGUCUUCAACUUCACAGGAAAAAGGUACUUGAUAUGGUGCACUAGGUAGAUGUAUAUUAAUAAAAAAUUGGUAAAAAUUUAUUGCCAAGGCUUUCAUGUAAUAACUGACCCUUGAUUCUUGGGCGAUUCCUUAUGGAGAUAGGUAAAAGCAUAUGGCUCACACUGCUCUUGCUACUGUGUGAAGAAAGCGAGCUUGGCGCAGUGCCGGAAAUGCUGUCAGUCCUAUACACGGAUGCAUUUGGUGCUGAAUCAUGCGAAAUCUCUUGAAGCAGAAGCUAUCUCUGAAUGUUAUCACCCGAAAGUACUGCCCCUGAGCUGUAACCAGUCCCAGAAUACAAAUUUGGUGUUCGCUUUGACAGUUCACUUCACUUUUACUGUACAUCACAGCCUGUGUGCAAAUAUAUGUGUGUGUGUAUGUGUGUUUGCAUGCUGUAUCUCUGCAGUGAGGACUCUUGCAGUUUUUCUGUUUCCAGUGCCAUUGGUGAGAGGGCAAAGGAAAGGUCAUUCUUCUUUUUUUUUUGUGACCCGAGGUGGUGAAAAAAACUAGGAAGCAGUGUCGCCUGAAAUGCACUGCUGGCUCUUGAAGUGUUAAUGCAGUGCAUUUGUUCCACUGUGCAAGCACACGAAAACUUUUGUUUUUACUGGCGUGCACAGGGCUGCUGUUUAUGACAUUGAUCUUUUUGCAUUUGCAAUAUGUGCUCGUAGUGCAAUGUUACCUUCUUCGUGGCGGGGCACUCGUUUGCUUUGUUAUUUGGUGAAUCUUCAAAAGAUGUUGCCGUCGACGACCAUUUCAACAUGCACAGUUUUUAUCAUAAAAACUAUGUGAUGGAAACGCGGUCUUUGCAAGCUCCCCCUUCCCCCCACUUUUUUUUCUGAUGUUUAGUACCCUGAAGGUUUUCUUGUGCAUGCAGCCUUUUUGUGCAUGCAGAAAAAUAUGGAGUGGUACAGCAGCAGAUUUUGCUACAUACUUUAGCCUGUAUUUCUUGACGCUGGUGCCUGGCACAGAGCUUCAGAAAAUGGUUAUGCUUAAUGGACAGGCUGACUUCAAUCCUGCUGUUCAAUUUAUCCAAGUGAAACUUGGGUAAUUUAUGAUUGUGUUGUCAAUUAUUAAUGAUUAUGAUUGCUAAGAAACUCAGUCAGAAAAAUUAUCAUUUUGUCUCGAAUUUUCAGUUUUUAGCAAUCGGACACGGUUGUCUCCAAAAUGCCCAGCAUACAUACGAGACCGUUCUGAAGCAUGUAGGAUUGGAGUCGGCUGUUGGCGUGUUCGAAUAGGUGCAAUCGCAUUCAUGGCAUAUCAUUUUGUGAUGCAGCUUACAGGCUGGUGCAUUUUUUUUGUGAAAAAGACACUUGAUCAAUGCAUUUCAAAGGCAUGUACAAUUUUGUUUUGCAUGCUGCCAUGUUCUGCUGAGCUGUAAUGACUAAUUUUGAGCAACUUGCUUUGAAUGGUUUAGUUUGUCUUUCUGAUCACAUACUAUUUUCCUAGUCAUUCCUGCAUCGUCAUGGACACCUUCGAUUCACUCUGUUUCACGUUCUUCCUCAUUGUGGACUAACAGACCACAGAAAUAACUGUGUGGACGACCUGUCUGCCUUUGUUUUGAUCACGUAUAGUUUUCUAAAAACGUCACCCUGUGAGAGUUUACACAGCAAGUGAUUGGCUCUUAUGCACCUGUCCAAAGUGCUUGAAUCAUGCUGCAGUAUGUGGAUAUAGCAGAUAUUUGCAACAGUCCAAAAUGCAUGUCCAAACGGUGCGAUUUGUACAAACAGUGCGAGUGUACGCAUAUCUGUGUCACAAUUUUUUUUCAGUGUGAGGAGUAGGAGUACAAAGGCAGGUGGGUUUGUGCAAGGUACUUUUGUGUUUCAAGCUUGGCCACAGAUGUAGCAUUUGUUGCAUUUGUGCUGCAUGUUACUCUUAUGCUUAACUACAACAAAAUUUUCGCUCGUCUGAAAAGCCUAGCUUUAGGUAGUGUAGGUAUAGAGCAACCUCCAUGACUUCAGGAUUGAAAUAUGAGCAGAUGUGUCCAGAAAUACUGGGAGAAAAAAAAAAGUUGCCAUUAUUGUUUGGCAGGAGUGAUGCUUGGCUCGUAAUGUUGAGAACGAAUGUGACUCCUCAGUAUGACUUUGCUUGCUACUGAGAUUGGGUGGUGGCCACGGCGCACUAAAUAUUCUUAGAGGCAACAUGCUGGAGGUUUAUGUAACGUCCGCUAACUGCCUGGUGCAUUUGUCAUUUGCGUAAAGGCUAUUUUAAUGCUGCAAAUAAAAAUUGAGAAUUACGAGUCUCUCAGCUUUACCAAGAUUGCUUCAGUACUGUACAUACUGCUCAUGAUUAAUUUAGCCAAAGUAAAAUUUCAUUGCAGUGUGCCUUGGGGAUCCACAGUUCCCUCACGGGCAGUUUGACGUUUGCUUGUUUGGCAUAGUUUUGUGGUGUGUAGUCUACAGAGUUGCAGUUUGCUUUGCGAACAGUUAGCUGCCUGUUUCCAUUAGGUGCUUUGUCAUCGUUCUAUGGCAGUGUAAUUUAUGUGGUUUUUCUGCUGUGAAUAAAGGAGUAGAUAGUGUG